UGCAUGCAGCUGCAUGGCAGUUCGGAAAGUUUAGGAAUCUCAAAAUAAACUCAAAUCUGUCUGUUUAGUUUUUACUGAUAUGUAAUGUCUGUGAAGAUUAUUGAAAACAAAAAAGAUAUCCAUUGUGCUUCAAGUUAUUAAAAAUCAAAUAUUUAAUAAAUAAAAAUGGACAAAAGAAACAUUCGCCGUCGUGCGAUGCAUGGCAAUUUGUUUAAAAAACCCACAAUAUCCAAAUCAUCUGAUGAAGAAGAGGAUAUGUUUGUAAAAGCAUCACAAAAUUCGUCAAAAAAAUUAUCAAAUACUCAGCGGCUUCGUAUGAUCGAAAGUCAAUCGAAAUCUCAAAAUCAAGAAAAUAGUCAACUGAACUCUGGCAAUGAUAACACUCCCAAGAAAAAGAAACAACGAUCCCCAACAUUAUCACCUAAACGAUCAAAUAAUUUAUUAUCAUCAAAAAAAUCACCACCUGUACCAACAAAAACACCGAGUAAAGAUGAUGACGAAGACAGUCUAUCUGAAGUUGAAACAAGUCCACCGUUAAUUAAAAAAAGCCAAAAAAUACGUAGUCUGAAUCAUACCAAAAAACGUAUAACUGAGUCUCCUCAAACAUCUGUUCAGAAAAAACAACGAAAAAAUAGAAAUCAAAUUGAAAAUGAUGAAGACUAUAACUACGUUAAUCUUGAAACAUUCUUUCGAAAGUGUGGAAUAACUAUUUCUGACUCAAAUGAUCAACAAGUUUUUUCAAUUGAAAAUGAUUCACUUACAACUGUUAAAAAAGUUCAAGAGAUUAUAUGCUCUGGAGUUAUUCCAAAAAAUCAAGUUAUCACAGAUUGGAAAACUUACUUGGAAGAUGUUAACAAUGUUAGAAAAUUAAUGGAACCAACAAUUGUUACUGGUGAACAAAGACUUUUGGGUUCAUCAGCUGGUUCCUCAGUUGUCAGAAUUUUACUUCAAGUUCCAGUUCUUCAAACCGAAAUAAUGGAAAGUUUACUCACAAAAUUAGUUGAUUCUGUUUUAAUUGCUAAUUCAAUGGAUGAAGUUCAAUGGACUCGUCUUCUUCUUCAGCAGUUUAGAUUUUUGGAAAUAAUCCAUGAACCUGAACUAUUAACUACAAAACUUGAAGAAUUGUUGGAAGCGAGUCCAAUUUGGUUUCAACAAGAAUUAAUUGUCGCCUUACCAGACAUUGUUACUGAUCCAUAUCACCAAACGAUUGCUGAGAUACUAUGCCGACUUAUGGAAGAAAAUAAAGAAUUAACAAAUGGAGUUAUAAACUGUAUCGGUAAUUUAUCAUUGGGAACUGAAUACCAUGAAGAAUUACGACAAAAUAUUCUCAAUAUACUUAAUAGCAAUAAUUGCCCAGUCUCAAAUAUGUCAGAGCUGGUAAAAUUUUGUAUUGCUGAUUGUUCAAGUAUUGAAACUUUUCAAAAAGUAUUGAAGGUCAUUCGUCAGUUGGAUAUUAAACCUUUGGAUGGUGAAAAUUGUGAAGAAUACUAUACCAGUCAAAUGUUGAUUGUUCAAGCUUUGAAAUUAAAUAUGCGUUUAUCAAAAAAGUUAUCGAAUGCAGUAGUUACUAUAUUACUUGAUACAUAUGAACAAGGACCAACAUCAAUAGAUUUUAUACUUUUACUUUUACUAUGUAAUUGUUCAACCACAUUUAAAAAAAAAGGUGAAAAUAUACUCAAAAAACAAAUUAAAUGUGGUUAUUACAGAGCAAGUUUACUUAAUGACUUUUAUGAUGGUUUUAAAGAAGUUGCAAGAGAUUUACAAACAACUGCUUUAAAUGAAAGUAGUACACUAUUAAAAUCUGGUGAUACAACACUUGUUAAAUUUGCUGAUGAUUGGAUACGUCAACAAUUUAAAAUACAUUCUAAAAUUCUUCAUAUACAACAAGAAAUAAUUGGAAAAAUAAUAUUACUUAUGGGAAAUAAUGAUCAAACAGCAAAAAAUGCAUUGGCUAUAUUUCAAGCAAUGACUGUCGCAGAUGAUGAAAAACGUUAUCUACAAAAUCAUUGUAAUCAUUUAAGAAUACUUAUUGAUAAAAUUGAUCAACUUGAUCUUGAUGAAGUUGCAACAUUGAACGAUAUUUUAUAUGCAUUAUGUAUUGAUUCAAAUUCAACAUCGAAUGCAUUGGAAGAAGAUUUGAUGAUGCUAUUUCACAAACAGUUAGCAAGUGCUGAUAGUUUUAUUGUAUGUAAAGGUGUUGCUGGUGCUGUCAUGGCAAUAAAACAUUCAGCACAAAAUCGUGAUUCACUAUCAUCAGCAAAAAAAUUAUUUAACGAGGUUGUUCUUGCAGUACAAGAUUGUCCACGUGCACAAGGACUUUUUUAUGAUAAUAUUAGUGAAAUUAUUGCAAAUGAAAGUAUACAAAUUGAUCAUCGUUUUUUAACAACGAUAGUAAAAUCAUUUGAAAAUAAAUUUGCUGAAACUUGUCUUAGUCAUAAAGACGAUUAUCGUGGUGAUUUGGUACCAAAAUUUGAACUUAAUUCACAAUUUAAUUAUUAUGUACUUUUUGGUGAAACAAAAUAUGGUGCAAUUGUGCCAGCUUUAUUUCGUCUAAUUAAAAUAUGUUUUAAAAAAAUUCCUGGUAAUCUUGACGAAUUAAUGUCAUGUGCAAUUUUAAUGCCAAAAGAUCUUGAAACACCAGAACCAAGAACAUUAGAUAAUUUUUACUGUAUAAAUUGGUAUCGUGAAUUAAUAAAUGCUUUUGUCAUAAAGGAUGAUCCAAUAAUAAAACGUCAAGUUAUUCAACGACUUGAUAAUCUUAUGCAUUUACAAGGUGAACUAUAUAUAGCAUUGUCAAUACUAGAUAAUCGCUAUAAACCACCACCAUGCUAUUUUACAAAAAUACCACCACCACCAUUUAUUCGUUUAGAAAAAAAUAACAGUAUUAAAAAUAAAACUAAAAAUGAUUCUAAUGAUUCGUCUGAAUGGGAGUUUUGGGAAAUGGGUUCAUUAUUGUAUAAAAAUACUAUGUAUUUUCGUCGUCUUGAUGCAUCAGUUGCACAUCUUCUUGAGACUGAUAUUGAUAAUGGCUUGAAAACAAGUCAUGUUUGUUUUUUAGUUAAAGAAUUAUUAUCAAUGUUAGCUGAUGAAACAAUGGCAACAAGACAUUUUGUUGAUGAUCUUGUUAAAUUACUUCCAAAAAUAUGUUCCCAAUUGAAAUACCUUGUUCAAGAAAUUCGUGAUGAACCAGAAAGUAAAGAAGAUUGCAAACAAACAAUAAAACUUUUAUUCGAAUUGCUUAGUAAAAUACUUGCUUGGAAAGGAUUUGAUGUACCAUCAAAUAAUGAAAUACUUAAAACAGCACUUAAAACACUUGCUGAACAAUGUGAUCGAUCGAAUAUUAAUCUUCAAUCAAAACGUGAAACAAUAUCAGCUUCAUAUACAUAUUUUGAAUCACUAUCAGAUAUUGUUACCCAUAUAUCACUUGCUUAUAGCUUGGUUAACUUGUGCAAAGAAUUAAUGAAACAUUCAAAAAUAUUUGCUGAUAGAAACCGUGAAAGACAAUCUAAAAUGGCAUAUGGAUUUUUGUGUCUCGAAUGGACAGAUGAUCAACACGUUGGACCAGUAUUCAAUUCAUCUGUCACAGGUUUACUUAAAAAUUGGAUGGAUUAUGAAGAGUUCCGUUUGGACCGCAUUACAAAUGUUCUUGAAAACUUACCUGAAGAAGUGGAAAAUCUGGAAAGACCACGUAGUAAUUUGGAAACUAUGAGGACAAUUAGUCGUGUCAAUUUUCACCAUUUUUUCCGUACAUUAUUUGAUGGUUUGAUCAGUGGAAUUAGACUUGCUCUUUCAGCUACAAACACUGAAGGACAAAAAGUUCAAGUAUGGCAUCAAGCUGGCAAAAAUUUAAAACUGCUAAUGUUAAUAUGUCGAAAAAUACCAACAAAAAGUGUUUUGAGAGUUUAUUUGCGUUGUAUGCCAAUAUUUUUGAAGCAAUUUAUCAACUGUGGAAUUCCAGUACUUGAAAAAAUACUUCGAUAUCAACCAGAAGAAAUUACAAAAAUAACCAAAUUGAUACAAGCUGGAACAAAAUUUUUGAAUGCUGUUUGCUGUCAUGCAACAGAAAAAAAAGAUAUCUCAUUAACUAAUCUCGUACCAGCAGCAAAACUGAUUGUUGAACAAUUGCUGUAUCAAAUUAAAGCUAUGCUUGUUGCAAAUCAUAGUUCACCAGCUUUUUGGAUGGGAAAUCUUAUUAAUAAAAAUUUGGAUGGAGAACAAAUUCUAUCACAGAAUACUUCGGAUGAACAAUCAAUUCCUGAUGUUACCAAUGAUAACAGCCUUGAUGAUAAUGAUCUUCAAUCUGAUGUAUUAUCAGAUGUAGAAAGUAGUAUUUUUGAUCUUGAGGCUGGUGGUGAUGAAGAUGAUGAUGAUGCUACUAAUGAUAAUGAACAAGUAUUAUAUAAUUCAGAUUAAUAUAAUAAAAAAUUAGUUAAAUAUCUUUUUUAUAAAAAAUACUUCAAAGUUGUUAUUAUAAUUAUUAUAAACUAUAAGAAUCGGUAA